CAACGCAUCACGGCAAACGGCGGGUCGCUAUGAUAUCGCCGUGAAGAAGCUACUAUCGUCGUACCGCAGACCGUCUAUGAGACGGAGGAGGGAGGGCCUGCGGAGCCCGAUCAUCUGAUGAGAGGACAUAAGCAAAUGACUCACGUGUACAGGUUCUGCAUGGGAGUUGACCUAUGCUGCCUGGUCACUGCAGCCAGAGGAACGGGCAAAGAAGGACUGGUCGACGGAAGGUGCCGAUCUACAAAGCUUUUUGUUUUGCAUUAACGGCUUUCAGGCAAUAUAUGUUUGAUCUGGCCGAUCAGGCGGUACGAUUCUGGGUCGCGUUUAUUCGCCUGAACGUGGCAGCAUUGCUGUCGAUUCAAGUCCGACCUCUGGUAAAUCGCCUAACAGAAUAUCAGAACUCAUGUAAAAGGUACUAGCUACCCAUACGAUUAUUGACAGGAAGAAAUGCUGAAAUAAC